UCAUGAACAUAUUAAUUUACUCACAGUCAAUAAUGAAAUAUUAUUUUUUCAACAUUUUGAUGGACCUUAUUAUCCAACUUUAAGAUUGCUUCAUAAAUAUCCUGAUGCUUUUCCGAAAUUGCAGGUAGACAAAGGAGCAAUAAAAUUUAUUUUAUCAGGAGCAAAUAUUAUGUGUCCGGGACUUACAAGUAAGGGCGCAAGAAUGGAUGAAGAUUUGCCUGCUAAUACAGUUGUUGGAGUAUUUGCCGAAGGCAAAGAACAUGCUCUUGCUAUUGGUUUAACUAAAAAGUCAACUCAAGACAUUAAAAACAUUAAUAAGGACAUCGGAGUUGAAAAUGUUCAUUAUUUAAAUGAUUCAUUAUGGAAAA